CGAGUCUGGAGCAGAAAAUGAAGAUUUUUGGUUAAAAAGGAAAAAAAAAUAGUGAUUUAUGCGAUUUUUUUUCCAGCAAUGGCAACUUUUUGGUGUCUUGGGGUGAGGUGAGCUGCUCUGGUGCCCCCAGCACCUCCUGGCCCUGGGUGUUUUGUGUGGCCUGAAGCUGUUCUUUGGGUGCCAGCAAUGCGUUUUUCCCACUUUGAUAAGAAAAAAUGUGCUGAUUUUGUGCAGAAAGCAGAGAAUUUCCCCAUUUCCCAGAAAUCACCACCCCCUUUAUUUUAUUUAUUUGCACUUCUCUCUCUGUUCAGACUUUGGCCCUUUGGCCCUUUCCUGGGUUGCUGGGUGCUGCGCGCGGCCAACUGUUCUACUUUAGAGGUGACCCAAAAAGGACCUAAAAGACCCCAAAAUAACAGGGUUUACGUUGUGGUGAGAAUUGCAGGUGGGGACAGAGACAAGGUAUGAGAACGUUUUUGGGUUUGCAUUGAGCCUGAUGGGUGAAGAGCUCAGCAGAACCCAAAAUAGUUGGCUUUAGACCCAAAACUGUUGGUUUUAGCCCCAAAAUGGGGAGUUUUAUGGAGCCUUGCUGGAGCUGCGCGAGGGUGGGAUUGUUUGAGCCACUGGGGUUGGUGUGAUGGGAUGGGGGAGUGUGUCCAUGGGGUUGUUGAAAUAAAUGUUUCUUUAUUAAAAAAAAAAAAUGUAUUUUAUAUUUGCUUUAAAUGUUUUGUGUGUUUUAUACGUUUGAUGUAUUCCAUGCAUUUCUAUAGAAACGUGUGUAUUUAAAUCACAGCGUGUAGCUGCUGGCCGGCAGGAUGCUGACGUGCAAGCUCUGCCUCACUGCUGCCCUCCUCUUCCUUGCCCACAAUGGGGCUGAUGGAGCUCCUGGAACGCCAAUGGGACGGAAGCUUCUCCAACACCCUGUGGGAAAUCUUGCACACCGUUGCUCCAGAAGCUGUGAAGGGAUGGAGGCCUCUCGAAUACCUCUUCCCAUUUGGCCAAUUUUUCCCCGCAGCCUCCAGCUCGAGUGCUUUUCAGAGGGUGCAAGGCAAGGAGCUGCCUUCCUGGCUGUCGUGGGAGCCUUUUGGUGGUGAAUUACCAGCUGACGCUGUGUCCAACUGGAACGCCUACAGCCAGACGAUGGAGUAUGUGUGCUUACCGAAGUUUCUGUUCUGCAGCACUGGUUCCUACGUUCCCAGCCGGGGCCCAUUUUGCUCUUUUCCAUUUGGAGGAUAUGAGGAGAAAUCCUCCGAAUUCAAGGUGUUGGUCAACAGAGGAAAGCUGGAGGCGCUGCGAUGGGUGGAUGACUCGUUCGGCGAUGUACCUGAGAAUGCCAUAAAGGCUUGUGAGUUGGCUGACAUCUACGUGGGGAGGAACCGAUACGGCCUGGGGAAGGUCUCCCAGGAGCAGAGGGCUUUAUUUGUGGUGGUGGAUGGCAAGGAGGUGUGGUACAAGUGGUAUCAAGUCUUGACCGUGAAGAGGGGCCCAGCAGACAUCACCAUCUCAGGUGUCCUCUACAACGCGAGCGCGGCUGUGGAGCACAGCGAGGACGUCACCGUAACGGAGACCACCGUGAAAAACGAAGGCUGCCAAGGGACACGGCGAGAUGUCACCUUGGAAGAGGCCACCGAGGUGGAGCACGACUGGGAGCUGGACCGGGAGAUCUUCAGCACCGUCCAUGGGGUGCUGGAAGCCGGCCUCUUGGCCUUCAACGGGACGAGCUGGGAGGCCACCAGCGUCACCAACAUCACCUGGCUGGGAAAAGCCAGCGCUGGUGAGUACAUCGAACACACCCACAAGGUUGAGCUGGAGAUGCAACCCCGUACGGCGUGCACGGUAGCCAUGGUGGGACGUCGGCUGGACGCCCGCAUCCCAUUCACCGCGUGGCUCACCCGGGAUUUCGGCGAUGGCCAACCACACGAGGUGGCGGUGACGGGGGUGGCCCGCACCCAGCAGGUGGUGGGUGUCCGGGUGGGCACUGAGCGGUGCUGGCCCCUUCCUGGUUCAAGACGUUGCUGAGCAUAGCAGAGGGUGACGAGGGUCACCGCAUACAGCAGGAUUGCCAUGCAAUGCAUUGUUUUUUCCCCAAUCAGUGUAUUUUUGCAGACUGCUGUGUCUGUUUUAUUUCCCUAACCCUGUCCCUAAAAAGCCACAGCAACAAUGUAGAGUACAGAAAAGAUGUUUUUUUUUUCUUUUUUUGCAAUCUUCAUCUUCUACUUUUCCCCCAGUAACCUCCAUCUCCCUCAAAAUGACGCAGCAGCAACCCCAAAUGCAGAAAAAUGCAUUUCUCGUGAUCUCUGUUUUUAUUUCACAAUAACCAUCAUCUGAGCGCCUCUCUCUGAACCAGCACAGCAGCUGCACAUCGAGAAACCUCUCUGCACCCAGAGUUGGAUGGACGUAAUCUUCCACUGCGUUGUGUUUUCCUUCUCUUUUCCUGUUCUGUGAAGAACGUACUUGCAAA